UUUAUAGUGCUCACUACUCACUAGACACUACUCCCACAUUAUUUAUAUACUCCACAUUUCUCACGACUCUCAAAUUUAUUUUCACCACAAAAAAACUCCAAGCUCAAUCAACUCUUCAUAAAUGGCGGAUACUCAAGGCAAAGUCAUCACAUGCAAAGCGGCGGUGGCCUGGGAACCCAACAAACCUCUCUCAAUUGAAGAUGUCGAGGUUGCGCCACCGCAAGCCGGCGAAGUUCGAAUCAAAAUUCUCUUCACUGCUCUUUGUCACACCGAUGCUUACACUUGGAGUGGCAAGGACCCUGAAGGUCUCUUCCCAUGUAUCCUUGGUCAUGAAGCUGCAGGGAUUGUGGAAAGUGUUGGUGAAGGUGUAACAGAAGUGAAGCCUGGAGACCAUGUUAUUCCAUGCUAUCAAGCUGAGUGCAGAGAGUGUAAAUUCUGCAAGUCAGGGAAGACAAACCUCUGUGGAAAAAUUCGGACAGCUACUGGAGCUGGAGUUAUGAUGAAUGACCGCCAGAGUCGUUUUUCUGUCAAGGGGAAACCUAUUUACCACUUCAUGGGAACCUCGACAUUUUCUCAAUACACUGUUGUACAUGAUGUUAGUGUUGCAAAAAUUGAUCCACAAGCUCCUUUGGACAAAGUCUGCCUUCUUGGUUGUGGUGUAUCUACUGGUCUUGGAGCUGUCUGGAACACUGCAAAGGUAGAGCCAGGGUCCAAUGUUGCUAUUUUUGGUCUUGGAACUGUAGGCCUUGCUGUUGCAGAGGGUGCGAAGGCUGCAGGUGCUUCACGGAUCAUUGGUAUUGAUAUUGAUCCCAAGAAGUUUGAUGUAGCUAAGAAUUUUGGAGUUACAGAGUUUGUGAAUCCAAAGGAUUAUGACAAACCCAUACAACAAGUGAUUGUGGAUCAAACUGAUGGAGGAGUUGACUACAGCUUUGAAUGCAUCGGAAAUGUUUCAGUGAUGAGGGCUGCCUUGGAGUGUUGUCAUAAAGGUUGGGGUACAUCUGUUAUUGUGGGUGUUGCAGCCUCUGGUCAGGAGAUUUCUACUCGUCCUUUCCAACUGGUCACUGGUCGUGUUUGGAAGGGAACAGCUUUUGGUGGUUUUAAGAGCCGAUCUCAAGUUCCUUGGCUUGUAGAGAAGUACCUAAAGAAGGAGAUCAAGGUUGAUGAGUACAUAACUCAUAGCUUGACCCUCACAGACAUCAACAAGGCUUUUGAUCUCAUGCAUGAAGGUGGUUGUCUCCGAUGUGUGUUGGCAGCUCAUGAAUAAAUCAACCGUUGAAUCUCUAUAUAUGUGGCAUGGCCAUGAUUUUCUAUGAUUUCUACCCUAGCUGUCGUAUGUUUUUCUGGAUGAUGUAAGAGACAAAACAGGGGAAAAACGAUACAUGUUGAACCCUUUUGAGGUAUCUUUGCAUCCUUUUUAAACUGAAUCUUCAGCACCUGAUUAUCAAAGCCUAAAUAUAAAGCAAGUUUGCAAUUUUCAGGGCAAUAUAUACCAGUUUAUGCAAUUGAAUGUUUUGAGCUUUUGACAGC